UUUAUCUACAUGCAUCCAAGCUCCACAAUACAGUUUCUUGUGUGUGAAAGGGGAAAAGCACUGCAACCAUGAGUUUUUUUGAAAAGCUGAAAAACUUACACUGUGGCCCUCCAGCUCCACCCAAAAGACUAGAUAUUAAUGCUGAAUGUGGUUGGUCUGAGGAUGAAUUAGUUGAAGAAAAUGGUGAUACAUAUGAAGCUCCCCCUUGUGAGCGUCCUACCAUCAAAGUUCAGCAUCGGCUUAUAGAAGAGGAUGUAUACCUUGGUUACCCUGAAAAGCCAUCAAGGCCCUUAAAUCCUCAAAGACAGGCAGCGCCACCACCAAGACCAGCCAAGAUCACACCUAAAGUGAAAUCACCCAAGGCAUUACCUGACCCAGGGGAGUACAACAUCGAUUCCAACAACAAAAAAUGUCAUGAAGUCUUUCACAAAGAUUGGGCUGGAAAGAAGAUGGCCACUAGGAAGAGCCCUCCUGCAAUACCAGCAAUACCUGCUCCUAAACUAGAAGAAGAUGUUUACCUGGAUCCAAAUGAAGGACAGAAUGAGCGAGAACCUGUACAUGAUAUAUAUGUGGAACCUACAACAGCAUGUUCUCCAAUACCACGUGAUGUUGUUCACAUCCUUCCACCUAAAACAAUAGGGAGAGAUCUUCUGCUACCUGUUGUGAAACCACCUGUCCCCAGGGCUAAAUCUACCUCACUCAUCACCAGUGAAGCAGAUGUGAAGAGCCUCACCAUUCCUCCCCACAUGGCAUUAUCUACCCAAAACAUGAAACCUUCUCUUGCCAUCGAGGCCAUGAAAGAGACCAAGCCCAGCUCACCCAUUUCUCCUGCUACAGACAGUAUUGUACCAGGGACAUACCAUGAAGAACAGGAGUUAGAACUGCAAGACAAAGAGUGGUUUGCUGGGAUAUGUGGACGCAAAACUGCAGAGGAGGCCUUACUGAAAGUCAAUAAGGAUGGCUCCUUUAUGGUUAGAUGCAGCACAGCUCAGAAUGCACAACAACCUUUUACUCUAGUCGUGCUUUUUAAUCAGAAAGUCUACAACAUUCCUGUGCGCUUCCUGAAGGACUCUCGCAGCUACGCCCUGGGCAAAGAGGGGAAAAAAUGUGAGGAGCUUUUUGGCAGCCUACAGGAGAUGAUUUGCCAUCAUAAGGAUAACCCUCUUUUGCUGAUUGACAGCAAGAGUCAGGCCAAACAUACCACUUACCUUACAUACCCUGUACACCUGUAACACAUUAAAAUUCAUGAAAAUAGGUAUAUAUUAUCAACACUCUUACAUAUCUAGUUAGGAAAGCUCAAUUUCAGACCAACAAAACAUUUAUAUUGUGGAUAUAUGCAAUAUACACUAUUCCUAUUAUUUUUUCUUUCAUUUUGCAUAAUGUGAAUGCACAUAAUAGCAUUUUUAAAAAUAAAUUACUUAAUGCAAUACUUAAAUAA